AUGGUAUCAUCCUUUUCUUUCAAGAAACCUCACAAACGAACAAAAGAAUUUUCUCUCGAUUCCUUACCUCAAGACCUUCUUGUGGAGAUCUCUUCAUGCAUCGGAGCUUCUUCCUUAUCAGCGGUUCGCCAUCUCAGAUUAGUCUCCAAACCGUUCCGAUACGUCUGCGAUGAUAGUUACGUUAUCUCCACGCUUUCCCUCCACGAACUCCCUCUUUUCCCAUGGUUUCACGAUCCCGAAAGGUUCUCAAAUUUCUUCGAGAGAUGUCGUAGGAACGGAAACCCUCAAGCCUUGUACCGCAAGGGACUCAUUAACUAUUUUCUUGAGGACCAAAAACACAAAGGACUCGAGUUUUUAUCUAUUGCUGCGGAAAAAGGAAACCAUGAAGCUAACUAUGUUUAUGGUAUGAUCCUAAUCUGUCUUGGAGGACCGGCUUUGGUUGGAGGCAAUACAAAACAUAAGGGUUUUAAGAUCUUGUCUGCUUUAAUCAAGCCGUUGAUGUCUAACACGAUGAAGGAGCUUGUGGAGCUUCGGUACAAGAUUAGAGACAGCAUUUGGUGGCGUGGCAUACCGGUGAUGCAAGAACUCAAGAGAGCCUACGUUCGAGAGAAGUGUGAGUGCGAUGGCCGGACCAAGAGGUUCUUAGAGUAUAAUUGUGCAUGGCAUGGAUAUGGUGAGGACAACGACAUGUAUACUUCUUCUGCUUGUGAGACUUGUCUGUGGCAUCACGAAGUUGAACUUUUCUUUGAUAAUAUUGAUAGUGAGAUGAUGUAA